AUGCACCCUGAUAGCGAGCUCCACGGCCGUAGUCCUGAGUGCAUAGCAUGCUCGCAGAGGCGAAUUCGAAUAAGUAAUGGGCCCCCUAGCCCAGGCGAAACACCCUCAACUGUUCGCGACGACCCUUAUGGGUCCGAUUACGAGCUUGUAACUGGCGACCACCCUACCGAGAUAGCAGUCCAGGACGGUAUUCCAAGAGACUUCCGUGCUUUCUGUAGCAUUUGGAUCAGCAAGGGCGACUCCGUGGGCUAUCCUUCUCGUAUUGAUGCUGAACAAGGAAGCGGUGAAAGCGGGGUUGAGAACUGCGAUGUUGAACAGAAAGGUCAAGGCCAGAGCCAGAUUAUAGGCGACCCAGAUGAAGAUGUUGAACCCAUGGAUGUUGACUAUAAUGACGAAGAGGUCUACCAACCGCAGGGGCUUGUCCCUCUUUGGAUGUCUGAAGUGACCAAUACAUGCAUGGGCGCAAGACAUAGUGACAUUGGGCAAGUGCUUCGGCAAUUUGACCUUGCCUUCCGGUCCGAGGCCCCUUUGGAGACUCCUGCAGCUGAUAAUGAUAUCGAGCUCUCAGACGACACUGGAAAGAACGAGUAG